AUGCCUGCUGCUAUUCCGGUCAUUACAGUCGUCUCCGGCCUGGCGGCGGCCGCCUACAUGGUGGCGAGUAAAUCGUCUGACAAGAUGAUCGGCGUUUCUGCCUUCAUGGUGCUCUUUACCGUCCAAUUCUUUGUCUGGGGUUUCUGGCGCAUGUUCAUCUACCCCUUCUUCAUAUCGCCUUUACGCCACCUGCCAACGCCUCCCGGUUGGCAACUGGGCAUUGGGCACAUCGGCGAAGGAAUCAGUCGAGGUCUAGGCGUCGUCGGACGGGAACUCGUGGCGGAUAUUCCAAACGAAGGCCUUAUUCGCGUGCUUGGCCCGUUUCACCAGGAAGUCCUGAUCGCGACCUCGCCCCAGGUCAUUGCCGAGGUCACCGUCGCCAAAGCGUACGACUUCGAAAAGCCGCAGUCCCUCCGCGACUCUUUCGGCCCGCGUCGCAACCUCAUGCCGGCGUUUGCGUUUCGCCACAUCAAGGACCUCUACCCGCUCUUCUGGCGCAAGGCCCGCGAGGUGGUGCAGGUCAUGACGGAGCAGUGCGGUGCCGAUGGCUGCGCCGACAUUGAGGUCGAGCACUGGGCCGGGCGCGUGUCGCUGGACGUGAUUGGCGUCGCGGCCAUGGGGCGCGACUUUGGGGCGACGCACAACGAAAACGACCCCCUCGUGCGGACGUACAUGAGCAUCGCGACGCAGACGGCGCAGGACCGUUUCAUGCUCGCCCUGGUGGACACGUUUGGCUCCAUCAUCCCCGGGUCUCUGCUGCUGAGCGCGCCGCUGCCACGGCUGAUCGAGAUCAAGCAGGCGGCGCAGCAGAUCCGCACCGUCUGCGAGGACCUGAUCCGCGCCAAGACGCAGAAGCUGCGGGACAGCAAGCUCGACGACGUGGACAUUCUCUCCGUGGCGAUCCGGUCGGGCGUGUUUAGCGAGGCGGAGCUCACGCACCACAUGAUGACGUUUCUCGGCGCCGGCCACGAGACGACCGCCUCGGCGCUGACCUUUGCCAUUUACGCGCUGUGCUGCCGCCCAGAGGUGCAGACGCGGCUGCGCGACGAGGUGCGCGCCCACCUGCCGUCGGUGAACGACGACCGCGAGAUUACGAGCCUCGAGGUGGACCGCCUGCCGUACCUGAGCGCCGUCAUCAACGAGGCGCUGCGGCUGUACAGCCCCGUGCCGCAGACGAUCCGCGAGGCGGUGCGCGACACGACCAUCCAGGGCCAGCGGCUGCCGCGGGGCACGCGGCUGCUGCUCGUGCCGUGGGCCACCAACGCGGACGCGCUGCUCUGGGGCGCCGACAGCCACGCGUUCCGGCCGGAGCGGUGGCUGGUGGCCGGCGGCGACGACGGCGGCGCGGCGGCGACGGCCAAGGAGGCGGCGCUCGGCGGUGCCUCGACAAACUACGCCAUGCUGUCGUUUCUGCACGGCCCGAGGAGCUGCAUCGGCAUGAGCUUCGCCAAGGGCGAGUUCGCGUGCCUGCUGGCGGCGUGGAUUGGCCGCUUCGAGUUUGAGCUCAGGGACAAGGCCAUGAUGGACGAGGCGAAUGUGACGUUUGAGCAGCUGAUUACGUCCAAGAUUAAGGGCGGCGUGCACGUACGGAUGAGGGUGAUUCCGGGUUACUGA